AAGCCGGAGAGUAUUGGGAAUUUGGAAUGCACAAGCAACAGGCAUUAGACAGUGUGGAAUUGUACUGGGUGUCUAGGUUAAGGCAUGCUGACACGUCGUUGUCGCUUUUAAACCCCUACACCUGGAAACUUUCUCAAAUGGAUUUCUGGAAUGAGAUGUUAUUAACAUUGGACCCUGGUGAGCGCCUGAAUGAUGGCGCGAAACUUGACCAGGGUCUGCUGGAUAUGGGUACCCAUGUCCAGUUCAGGACCCCGCAUUUCAGCUUCAUACUCUACAACAGACAUUGCUCAAGGCGGGUUUUUACCCAUCCUUCCCUCGGCAACGUUCGGCCAUUUGACCUUGACUUGCUGCCCCACUCGAGCUGGACUUCGACAGGAGGACAACGAGCAGAAACGGGCCCAACUAUCGAGCCUUUCAGCAAGGCAAACAUGCCCGGAUAUACUCACUCGACAUACUUACUCGGCCUCGCAAGUGUUGUGCUGGUGGGGCUAGCAAUCGUCAUUGGCACUUUCUUUGUGAAGCUGUACCAUGCGCGCAUGCUGCUAAUUGACCGUCGAAGAAGCAGUCUGACAUUUUUGACCGGCUUGCCAAGAGAUGCCCACUAUCAGUUUGGCCUCGCAACGAUUGCUCGAGAGCAAUUCUACGAGACGGGGGGCUUCUACAUGGACCGCUGGCCGAUGAGCGGUUUGUUCGUUAUUGUAGUCUCACCUACGAUCGGUAUGGAGAUUACCCAACAAAACCCCAGGCUUACAUCUAACCGUCCUAAACAACUGUGUCGUUACCUCAAACCUACUACCGGCGGUCCCACCAUUUUAGACAUGGAUGAAAAAGAAUGGAAGCCAUGGCGUGGAAUCUAUAACAAAGCAUUUCACCGUGACCGAGUCAUCUCUCUUGUGCCUUGCAUGGUGGAAGAGGUAUUAGUCUACGCCGAAACCUUUAGCGGAGACCGGAGAUAUGUGCUUUUUGGAUCCGAUCACGCUUCGUUUCACGAUCGAUAUAAUUGGGAAAACAAGCCUUGUCUAGGGAUUUGCAAGAAACUGAAAGCUUCCUUAUCGUUAGUGGCACUAGGUCCCAAUGCAGCUGCUACAGCCAUCGUCAUCAGGGGAAAUCCUCGCGUGAUAAACAGCCUACAAUACACACUUGCCGUCAUUAGAGAAUCGAGGCGUCUUUUCCCACCUGCAGGUGCUACCCGUGCGUAUCCUGCACGUCGAAAUGCAAACUUCAGAAAGUACUGGGUGAAACCCGGUGCUUUCUUACCGGAACGUUGGCUCGUUCUCCCUGACCAUGAGUUACACCCUUCACCCGGCGCCUGGCGUCCCUUUAGAACACGGGCCGAGAAACUGCGUUGCCCGAACCCUAACACUUGUUGA